UCCCACCUCAGGGCGUGUUCUGGAGGCCGCGUCCUUCCACGUCCACGCUCGCACGUGUUCUGCCGGGCCCCGGGUUGUAGUGGCCCGGAGGGCAGAUCAACCGGCCCUUUGUUCCCCAACCUGGAAUGAACCGCUUUCUGUUGCCGGUGUCCGUAGUGGGCACGGUGAUCGGUGGCACCGUGCUGCUCAAGGACUAUGUCGCUGGUGGGGCUUGUCCCAGCAAGGCCACCAUACCCGGGAAGACUGUCAUUGUGACAGGAGCCAACACAGGUAUUGGGAAGCAAACUGCUUUGGAAUUGGCUAAAAGAGGAGGCAAUGUCAUUCUGGCCUGUCGUGACAUGGAGAAGUGUGAGGCAGCUGCGAAGGACAUUCGUGGAGAGACCUUGAAUCCCCAUGUACGAGCCCAACACCUAGACUUGGCCUCCCUCAAGUCUAUCCGAGAGUUUGCUAGGAAGAUCAUCAAAGAGGAGGAACGGGUAGAUGUUCUGGUCAACAAUGCAGCUGUGAUGCGGUGCCCACACUGGACCACUGAGGAUGGCUUUGAGAUGCAGUUUGGUGUCAACCACCUGGGUCACUUUCUGUUGACAAACUUGCUGCUGGACAAACUGAAGGCCUCGGCCCCUUCACGCAUCAUCAACUUGUCCUCCCUGGCUCAUGUUGCUGGGCACAUAGACUUUGAUGACUUGAAUUGGAAGACAAAAAAGUAUGACACCAAGGCGGCCUACUGCCAGAGCAAGUUGGCUGUUGUCCUCUUCACCAAGGAGCUGAGCCGCCGGCUGCAAGGCACAGGUGUGACGGUCAAUGCUCUGCACCCCGGUGUGGCCAGGACAGAGCUGGGCAGACAUACAGACAUGCACAACUCUGCCUUCUCCAGCUUCACACUUGGGCCCUUCUUCUGGCUGCUGUUCAAGAGUCCCCAGCUGGCGGCCCAGCCCAGCACUUACCUGGCAGUGGCAGAGGAACUAGAGAGUGUUUCUGGGAAGUACUUUGAUGGACUCAGAGAGAAGGCUCCAUCUCCUGAGGCUGAAGAUGAGGAAGUAGCCCGGAGACUUUGGGCUGAAAGUGCUAACUUGGUGGGCUUGGACACUGCUCAUGGGUCCCCUGGAAGGGGACAUUCCCUCCCCAGAUAACCUUCAAAGAUUCAGAUGGAACUGUAUUACCAAGGCUGCUGGCUGCCAUGCCCUCAUCCUCUGGGGCACUGUUGGCACUGUUAAAAAGCAUGGCUACUGACAGCCAUGCAUUCAUCUUUCUCUAGAGGCAGUGUUGGCACUGUCAGAAUCUUAAGACUAUAGCUGUUGGCUGCCAUGCCCUCAUCAUCCUCUAGGGGCAGUGUUCGGACUGUUAGACUCCCAAGACCAUGGAUGCUGGCUGCCAUGCUUUCAUCUUCCUUUAGGUGGCAAUGUUGGUCCUUUUUUAUUAGCUGACCACAUUCAGUUGGACCAUAGCGGAGCAUUGACAGGGGGUAUGUGUGGUGGUGGCAGGUAUAAUGUACUCUGAUGAUUUCUGGGGAGCGGGUCUGUCAGGUGUCUCUCUUGGGAAUGGUUUUGGGCAAUGUUCAAAGGUAGCUGUGGUGGUAACUGAUUGAUCUACUGUUAAAGAGUGGGUAAUCAGGCAAAUAUGGCCAGUCAGUCAUAGUUCUUUUGGGCCUUUGCACACUUCUGUCUCCUCUCAGAGAGUUGGCUGUUGUUUCAAAAGCAACUGGGGAGCAAAAGGGUUUACUUUAGUGUACAGGUUAUAGUGCAUCAUGGAGGAGGGAAGCUGAGGCAGGAGCUCAAGGCAAGAGCUUGAAGCAGAUAACAGGCUUACACUCAGAUAACUUUCUUUUAUUUUCAUCAUUAUUUCUUUUACACAGAGAGUCUUACUCUGUAACUCUGGCUUUCCUGGAACUUGCUCCAGGAUGGCCUUGAGCUCACGGAGAUCUGCCUGCUGGGAUUAAAGAUGUGUUGCCAUGCCUGAGUUAGGUAUCAGCCUAGGCCUACCUGCCCAGGAAUAGGACCACCCAGUCCCUUUUACACCAACUAGCAAACAAGAAAUGUCCCAUGGACAUUCACCCAGGGUAUUCUGGUCCAAACAGUUCUCUGGUUGAGGAUCCCUUCUUCUUCUGGGUGUGUCAAGUUGAUAACCAAAGGAACCAGGACGGCUCUUGAUUGAAAACGGUUGUGGGUAACUGCUACCUCAUGGGAUGGUGUGGGCAUUAAGCUCUUGUCUGGCUCAGUAAAGGACAGUUAUGGACUUCUUGUGUCCUGGCUGAGGUGCUGGAAUUCGGUGGAGGCCCUGGCCCAGAUGGAAUGGAGUGAAGUGAAAAGGUGCUAGCUGCUGCCUCUGAGGACCAGCAUGACCUGAGAUCAUGAUCUCUCCAAUUCCUAUGAUAAUUUUAACCUUAGAUUCUCAAGCUUGCUGUGUGAUUAUAAUAACUUGCUGGGUGUAGUAACGCCAGCACUUCAGAGGUGGAGGCAGGAGGAUUGAGCGUUCGAGGUCAUCCUCUGCCAGCCUGGGCUAUACAAUAUCCUGUCAAAACAGUGAAAUCUCCAAAUGUAGCUGAGUCAUAGAUUUAAAAUAAAAACAAACAUUUGCAUAGUG